AUGGAUUUGGUGAACAGCUUUAUUGCUGGUUGGGUGGGAGGUGUUGGGAAUCUCCUCGUGGGUCAUCCCUUUGACACUGUGAAGACACUCAUGCAAGACGGAAAAGGCGAAUCCGGCGGAGCUAUAGCGUGUGCGACGCGAGUGGUUCGGCGUGAUGGGCCGCUGGCUUUAUAUAAAGGCGUAUUGGCUCCAAUGAGUGGCGUCGGUGUUGUCUUCGCAUUAUACUUUCUCGCCUACGACACUACAGAGAAAGUGUUGCGUAAUAUUCGUCAGACGGACCCCAAUACACCACUAACAAUGACGGAAGUUAUGAUUUGCGGUGGAAGUACAGGUAUUCUCGGCUCACUUGUUCUCGGACCGGCAGAAUUACUUAAAAUUCGUCAACAAACAGCACUGAACUCAGGACGUGAUAGUUCACUGCGAGGUGUUGUCUCGUAUAUUUACAGAAAUGAAGGGUUUCGGGGAUUCUUUCGUGGAACAGGAGCCACAAUGCUGCGGGAUGUACCAGGAAGUAUGGCAUGGUUUGGUGCUUAUGAAUAUACAAAGAUGAAGAUUUGCGCUAACCCUAAAGCCCCAACGGUUCCAGAGGCAUUAUUUGCAGGAGGAAUGGGUGGUCUGGGAAUGUGGUCUUUUGCUAUUCCACUGGAUGUUAUUAAAACACGGGUACAGGCAAGUCAUGAGGGACUUACUCCCGCUAGUGCAGUUCGGGCUGUGUUUAAGGAAAGUGGUUUAAAAGGAUUUUAUAGAGGUAUCGGCCCAGCACUCCUGCGUGCUUUCCCAGCUAACGCCGCUUGUUUUGCCGCAAAGGAGUAUACCUUGAGUACUCUAAACCGCUACACAGUUAAGUCUCCAUAA